AACAAAAUUCAGAACCCCCAAAACACACACCAAAAAAAUAAAAAGUCUCUCUACACUCGCACGCGCUUUAAGCCUCGAGAAAUCUCCUAUUUUCUUCAGCUUUCUCUGAGCUUCACACUCCAUUGAACUCUCGCUCUCGCUCUCUUCUUCGUCUUCGAUUCGAGCCCUCUACGUCGCCGUUUCGUUCUGGUUUUUUUUUCUCUUUAGAUAUCAGGUGCAAUAAACUUUUAUCUGUGUGGUUUGUGUGGGAUUAUCUGAUAAGGUUGUGAUGGAUUUUGACGCGUAUGAUUAUUUAGAGAAAACUGUUGAGAAUCCUGAGCCGGGGAAAGAGAAGGAAGGUGCAGUUAAUGGAGGUGGUGAAAUUGAGAAGUCUGGUGAUAAAGAGCGUAGUCGGAGUUCGAAGCAUAGGAGUGAUGAGAGGGAUGAUGAUGUGGAGCGGCGUUCAAAGCGUUCGAGAUCAGAAGAUGAGUCGCGUUAUCGUGAUCGUGAUCGUGACAGACAAAGGGAGAGGGGUUCAUCUCGUCACCGUUCACGGUCUAGAGAUGGGGAACGGGAUCGACAUAGGAGUGGGCGGGAACAAAGGGAUAAGGAGAGAGAUAGGGAUAGAGAGGAGAGGAAUGGGAAUGUGAAGGAGAGAGACAGGGAUAGGGAGAAAGAGCGGGGGCGAGAUCAUGAUCGAGAAAGAGAUAGGAGGGAACGUGACCGCGAGAAUGAGAAGGACAAAGAGAGAGAGAAAGAACGGUCCCGUAGAAGCAGGAGUGAAUCAGAAAGACAGCGGGGUGAGCGUGAUGAAAGGGAGAAGAGUCGCGACAAGGAGCUCAAAGAAAGAGAAAGGGAGAGAGAGUCAAGGGAACGGGACAGAGAAAGCAGAUAUGGUAGAGCAAUCUUCAGAUGGUCUUUCUGGCAAUUGGGCCAGGCACAGGAACAGAGACGAUAUAAAGAGAAAAAGGAGGAAGUGGCUGAACCAGAGGCUGACCCUGAACGGGAUCAGAGGACUGUAUUUGCUUACCAGAUUUGUUUGAAGGCAAAUGAAAGAGAUGUGUAUGAGUUCUUCUCAAAGGCUGGCAAGGUUCGAGACGUACGCCUUAUAAUGGACCGCAAUUCAAGACGAUCCAAGGGAGUUGGUUAUAUUGAGUUCUAUGAUGCAAUGUCAGUCCCUAUGGCAAUAGCACUCUCUGGUCUUCCUCUUCUUGGUCAACCAGUUAUGGUAAAACCAUCAGAAGCAGAAAAGAAUCUGGUCCAGUCAACUACAGCAGUGGCUGGUGUAUCAGGUGGGCUUAUAGGCCCCUAUUCAGGAGGGGCCAGAAGGCUGUAUGUUGGGAAUCUGCAUUACAACAUAACUGAAGCUGAUCUUCGUCAGGUUUUUGAAGCAUUUGGUCAAGUAGAGCUGGUGCAGUUGCCUGUUGAUGAAACUGGACAUUGCAAAGGAUAUGGCUUUGUCCAGUUUGCACGUCUUGAAGAUGCUAGAAAUGCACUGAGUCUGAAUCAACAGUUGGAGAUUGCGGGUCGGCUUAUCAAGGUUUCAGCUCUUACUGAUCAAGCUGGAAUGCAAGAUGUUGGAGCAAAUUCUGGUGAUUUUGAUGAUGAUGAAGGAGGUGGCUUGUCUCUGAAUGCACGAUCUCGAGCACUUCUCAUGCAGAAGUUGGACCGCAGUGGCUCUGGAUCUAGCGUUGCUGGUUCCACUGGCACUCCAGUUGUCAAUAGCACAGGGCUUACUUUACCAACAGUGCCUAUUCUAGGAGCUGCACCUGCAGUAUCUCCUAUUACUCCCCUUGUUCCUGCUCUUGCUGGACUUGGUGGUUCAGGUCUUCAAGUUCCCAUUGCUACUUUGCCAACUGUUGAUACAAUUGGUGUUCCAAGUGAAUGUUUAUUAUUGAAGGAUAUGUUUGAUCCAAAUGAUGAGACGGAACCAGAUUUUGAGUUGGACAUCAAAGAAGAUGUUCAAAAUGAAUGUUUGAAGUUUGGAAAAUUGAAACAUAUAUUUGUAGACAAGAACAGUGCUGGUUUUGUGUACUUGCGAUUUGAAAAUACACAAGGUGCAGUUGCUGCACAACGUGCUCUCCAUGGUAGAUGGUUUGCUGGAAAGAUGAUUACUGCAACUUAUAUGGUGCCCCAGGCAUACGAGGCUAAGUUCCCUGAUAGCAGAUAGGAUUUAUGGAUUAUGGAUGUGCAGUGAGAAGAUGGCAUUUGCAUGUCUUUGAGUUUUUCUUGGGGAUUGGGGGGAAGAUAGAGAAGCUUUUGUAUGAUACUGUCCUUAGGUCUGGCAUAUGAAUUGCCAAUAGAUAAAAGAUUGUAAAAAGAGGUCAGAUUUAUCAUCAAGUUGUUAUUGCCAUUUGCUAUCAAAAUAUAAGGUGUUAACAUUUGUAGGCCAGUUACUGCCUUUUUAUUGGUUGUCUAAAUGGGUUUAGCCUCCUUUGCUGGUUGCCAGCUUC